CACCAAUCAGGACUCAGGUGGGCGGGACUGUUAGCGCAGCUUUCAGUCAAUGACGUCAGCAGCAAUCAGCGCUCCUGGGCAGGACAGGCAGUACUGAAAGGAACAAGCAGCGAUGGUUCUCAUCAAGGAGUACCGGGUCGUUUUGCCAUGUAGUGUGGAGGAGUAUCAGGUUGGGCAGCUCUUCUCUGUGGCAGAAGCUAGUAAAAAUGAGACGGGUGGAGGCGAAGGCAUCGAGGUACUCAAAAACGAGCCAUAUGAAAAAGAUGGAGAAAAAGGACAGUAUACACACAAAAUCUACCACAUACAGAGUAAAGUCCCAGCAUUUGUCCGGCUCUUUGCCCCUGAAGGCUCCCUGGUAUUUCAUGAAAAAGCGUGGAAUGCAUAUCCUUACUGCAGAACUAUUGUUACGAAUGAAUACAUGAAAGACAACUUCUUCAUUAAAAUUGAGACAUGGCAUAAACCUGACAUGGGGACUCAAGACAAUGUUCACAAUCUAGACGCUUCCACGUGGAAGAAUGUAGCAGUGGUGCCAAUCGACAUUGCAGAUAGAAGUCAGGUGUCCAAUGCUGACUACAAACCAGACGAGGAUCCUUCAAAGUUCAAGUCGGCUAAAACUGGCAGAGGUCCUCUGGGACAUGAUUGGAAGAAGGAGCUGGUGAGCAACACUGAAUGCCCAAAGAUGUGUGCCUACAAACUCGUUACAGUCAAGUUUAAGUGGUGGGGUCUGCAGACCAAAGUGGAGAACUUCAUCCAUGAGCAAGAAAAGAGGAUCUUCAACAACUUCCAUCGCCAGCUCUUCUGUUGGAUUGAUAAGUGGGUGGAGCUGAACAUGGACGAUAUCCGGCGAAUGGAGGCGGAGACACAGAAAGAGCUGGAAGAGAUGCGAUCGAAGGGCUCCGUUCAAGGUACAAAGGCUGCAGAGGAUUAGCCAGGUCUAGGUUUGUUGCUCACUUCGCAGGCGGGGUGAGGUCCGGGGAACCACUGCUGCAGACCAAUGAGAAGGCUCAACGUUUGAGACGCCCACCAUGACAGCAGGGAUGGAGUCUGCCUCCGCUGAUGCCACUUUUAACCUUAAAUGAUGCCGGCUGCGGGGAAGCAAGCUCAUCUACCUGCAAUCAAUAGAGCAGAUCCCUGACCUGACCCCAAACAGGAAUUGAUUUUUUUUAUUUUUUUUUUGGGAAGGAGGGUGGAAUCCAGCACGAUCCUAGUUGAUAAGGCUUUGGUUCAUUUGAAUCACCAUCAUCAUGAAACCUCAACUUACUGGAGAUCCGGGGAGGAGCUGCUUCCAGGAAAGAUGAAAACUAAAGCAGAUCGACUUAGCUUUGAUAUUAGACCAAAUAUUUCUUUUGUGUUUAAUCAGAAGUUUUCUUUUUGAUGGUCUUAAACACAUUCCUCACCGAGAAGUGUCCUUACAGCCUCACUUUGUCUCCUCUGUCUUACAGUAAACACCCAUGGCUCAGUGGUUUACAUUCCCUGACAAGAGACUGUUUGUCAUACUCAUGUUCAUUCCUGCCACAGCCUCCAUUAAGUGAUUACUAACACCCUUGGCGCCCGGGCCCAUUAUAUUCCUCCUGCCAUCAUCCCACCUCAACCCAAAGCACCGCAUCUCAUUAUCACUGACAAUCAUGCCUGUGCAAGUAGUCACUCUAACUGCCGUUCAAACUUGGUACAAAAAAAAGAAGAAAAAUACCGGUGCAUAUGCUGUAUACACUCCAGACGAGGAUCAACGUGUGAAUUCCUUCUUGCACACACACCUGCUCACAGGUGUGGAUACCUUUGAGCUGACUGAUCUGCUAAAAGCUCAAUCUGGGCAGAUCCAUGCAGGUUUCUUCACCUUCUCAACAGCCCCUCACUUUCCUGAAGACUCAUAACACCCAGCGCUCACCUCUUUUAACAGAUGUCCCGGGAGGGAAAAAAGCUCUGAAAAACAGCCACAGAUGGUGCUACACCCCUCCAGCCUCUGUCACAAGCCAAACCGUGCCACACGCUGCCUGCCCACCGAGGACGCCUGUCCCACUCAUCUGCUUUUUGGAGGCAGGCGGCUCCCCAAAGACCCACCUGUCUCCUUCCUUCCACGCUGAUGUUUACAGAUCUGCUCCAUCAGUGUCCGGUCAGCACCAGCACCACACUGCACACUUCAAUCUGUGAGGCUCCUCUGCCAAUCGCUCCUCUGACUUUACUUUUCUGGUGGCUAAGCGUUACCAUUAGCCUUUAGCUGAUGUUUCCUCUGCAUGAUUGAAUUUGUAAUUUCUCCUCACAUAAAGCUGUAACGGUGGAGCUGCAGAUUUCCAUAUCUGUGUUUGGUUACAUGUUGGAAAGAUUUUAACACAAGUGCAAUUUCCCACUUUGAGUGCUAUUUACAAAAAGAAAUUCCUAUCUUUUUUCCAGAAGGAUCUUGUAGACACUCAACUUUCAAAAUGUCAGAUGUGGACAUUUAGUCCAAAGAAGUCUACACAUCAUGUUUACAUGUGUUCAGAAAACAAAAUAGGAACAUAUUAGUCUUAGGAACAUCCUUUAAGCAAUCUACUUCACUCAGGUGACCAAUGCUCACACAGCACACUUUCCUCUUGUAAAUAUGAAAACACAGUUUCCACACCCAGCGAUUGUCGAAUGAGUCUAUUUUAUUGCUUCUUGCACUCGUUACUGUUCUGGAAUAUUGUGUGUUUCAGGGGGCCAGAAAUGUUUAAAACCAAUGAUCUGCCUUGUAAUCAGUAUGUCCAUGUGCUGUCUUAUUCUAAUUUAUGAAAGGAGUCAUUGAUCUGAAAAGCUUGUAUUUUUUUAAAGGCUCUAAUUAGCUUUUAAGGAUCAGCAGGACGUGGUGGUGAAUGUAUGACAUUGUGCCUUUUCUUUCUAGAAAUCUUGUCUGCAUAUUGUAUCAAUAAAUUUAAACCUUUUCUUACAAUA